AUGCCUCAGAACUCUGAAAAUGCUUCUUCGGGGAUGCCUUCCCCAUACGGCAAUCCCGUAGCCAUCAAACACCAACAAGAAGCCAACCCUAAUUUGCCUGACCACCGCUACCAAGUUUUCCAGAAAUCUCUGCUUGAGCAUGAAUACCAUCACGAGGAGGCAUUCGUGUCUGCAAGUCUCACACGCCUUCAUCAUGGAGUCUACGAUGCGGAGAAACGAUUGAGUCUCUAUGGACCUCCGCCACACAACGUUACCUUUGUAGCCAUAACUUUUGUUUUUCAUCCCAUGCACUCGGUUGAGUAUAGAUUCAAAAGAGCUCAGAUUAGCAUCCAAGCUUUUAAGAAUAUCGGGGAGAAGACUACAAAUCAACCGCUGAGGAUUAUCAAAUAUGCUCCACAUAUUGCUUUUGGUCGAUAUUCGACGGAGAACUUGCACUGGACUUUUUCCUUAGGUGCAACUCUAGGGGUCUCUACGCCAGCAACUGCAACGGUCACCCCAUCUACUGAAUACGAUAGAUCAAAAGUCAUCGGUAACAUGUUAAAGAUACAGGGUUCAACUCGAUCUGUUGAAGGAAUUCAGAGCAGCAAACUUCUUUGGUCACUUGAAGAGAACGAACAGCAGUGCACUGGGCUCCCUCGAGAAUUCACCUUUGUCUUCUUGGUUGAACAGCCGGUAGCUAAAGCACCAUUCUCCUUGCAGAUUGGAAUUAAGCCCGUCUUCUCAAAUAGUCUCAAAGCUACGAGCUUUGGAACCGAGAUCACGAAGAAGUCUGACAUAUUAUCAGAUGAAGUUGGACAAAUGUUUUCCAGCAGUCCAUAUGCAUUCAAUUUUGCUACCAUGCUUGGGCAAUUCGAAGAUUUAGUGGAGCUACCAGGAAACGCCUCGAGCAUUCAAGAUUACAUUGGUACUACUUCAAGUGUCCCCGGUGCUACUCCACCAUCUUCAUAG